GGGGAGACUGUCUUCAGAAUGCUCCAUUAUCAAAACCCUGUACACUGUAGACACCAGACAAGCAGUGGGCAGACAAACUAUCUCAAGCAAGAAAGGGUUUUCUACAAGCAGUUGGAACUAAAUCAAGGACUCUUCCGCUUGGACAAUUUACAAGACCCAAGGCGGCGGCGUGCGCACCAGUCUCCUCCGGCAGCGGUCAUGGGUAGGCGUAGCGCCUGGGAGCUGUGGCUCCUGGCGCUCUUCUUGCUCCGCUACGGCGCAGCGCUGGAGCCCAGCAGCGCCUCUCCGGCGCGCCUCGAGGGGGAGGCCGGGCGCAGCAGCCCCGCCGCUGGCGCUGGGAAGAGCAGCGUCGCCCCGAUCGCCGCCGGAGAGCAGCUGGAGGAAGAGGACACCGGUAGCUCCAACCUCUCCAAGGCGCUGGCGCCCGGGAAGGGCGACCGAGGGUCGUACCCGCCGUGCGCCAGGAAGACGGACAUCGCCGAGGCGUUCAAGUAUGUCAACACGGUGGUGGCUUGCGCCGUCUUCGUGCUGGGCAUCAUCGGCAACUCCACGCUGCUGCGGAUCAUCUACAAGAACAAAUGCAUGAGGAACGGCCCCAACAUCCUCAUCGCCAGCCUGGCGCUGGGAGACCUGCUGCUCAUCAUCAUCGACAUCCCCAUCAAUUUGUACAAGCUCCAUGCGGAAAACUGGCCAUUUGGGGCUGCCGUGUGUAAACUGGUCCCCUUCAUUCAAAAGACAUCGUUGGGCAUCACUGUGUUAAGUUUAUGUGCUCUCAGUAUUGAUAGGUAUCGGGCAGUCGCUUCAUGGAGCCGCAUCAAGGGAAUUGGAGUCCCAAUGUGGACAGCGGUCGAAAUCGUCCUGAUCUGGGCCAUGUCUCUUGUUUUAGCUGUCCCCGAGGCUUUAGGCUUUGAUUUGAUUACCCUCCCAUACCACGGCCAGAAACUUAAAGUGUGUCUACUUAAUCCCCGCCAGGAAACUACUUUCAUGCAGCUUUACAAGGAUGCUAAAGACUGGUGGCUCUUCAGCUUUUAUUUCUGCUUGCCCUUGGCAACCACGGGCCUUUUCUACACUUUGAUGACCUGCGAGAUGCUCAGGAAGAAGAGUGGGAUGCAGAUCGCUUUAAACGACCACUUAAAACAGAGACGCGAAGUGGCCAGAACCGUGUUCUUCUUAGUGCUUGUCUUCGCUGUGUGUUGGCUUCCUCUCCACCUUGGUAGGAUACUGAAGUUUGCUCUUUACGAUGCGAGUGACCCAAACAGAUGCGAACUUCUGAGCUUUUUGCUCAUAUGGAACUACAUUGCUAUGAACAUGGCAUCCCUGAAUUCCUGCAUUAAUCCAAUUGCUCUCUAUUGGGUGAGCAAAAGAUUCAAAAACUGCUUUAAGUCAUGUCUCUGUUGCUGGUGCCAUUCGAAAGAUAUGCUGUCCCUGGAUGAGAAGCAGUCCUGCUUAAAGUUCAGAGCCAAUGAUCAUGGGUAUGACAAUUUCCGCUCCAGCAACAAGUACAGCUCGUCUUAAGAAAGGGAAAUGUACCCUCAGCUCCUGCGACAAAAGACUGUUAACGUUAAAAACAGCAGAUUUCCGGGGAGAAACGAGUUUGGAGUUUGCUCGGGAAACCAAAUUGCAAAACUUUGCUUACAGUCUGUACCAGUUGUGAUUACGCACGGCGCCCGUAGCUAUUUGAACACAUGAAAAUCACCAGGAGAUGCAAAAAAAAAGAAAACCCCUUGUUGAAAGCACUUAAACUCUUUGGAAUGAGCACUUCCAGAUCAUCUUCAAAUCCUGUGAACGAAACAACUCUGUAUUCAUUGAACUAGCCCUGGGAGCCUGAGUAAUAAUUCUUUGUAUAUAGUAUACCAUGGCUAUUGUUUGGGACAAAGCCAGCUUUGUCUAUAAAUUACUGUAAUCUUUCUUUCUUUCUUUCUUUCUUUCUUUCUUUCUUUCUUUCUUUCUUUCUUUGGUGGGAGAGAUUAAAAGAUACAGGCAUGUCCAAAACAUAA